AGUUCUGAACUGUAAAGAACCCUAGUUCUGAACUGUAAAGAACCCUAGUUCUGAACUGUAAAGAACCCUAGUUCUGAACUGUAAAGAACCCUAGUUCUGAACUGUAAAGAACCAUUUGAAGAGCUCAAAGGGCUAUUUGAGUCAUUAUGGUUCCACAUAGAACCAUCACCUUCCCAAAAAACCCUUAUGUAGGGUUGCAGUUAAGGUAACCUUCCCCAAAAUGUCCAGGAUGUCCAGAACUCCCAGUUGGUACAUUACCAGAAGAAGUAAGGGAAAAAGCAAGAAAUCUGGAAUCGUCCAACCUGGAUUUCUGGAAAACCUAUGAUUUUUGCAACCCAAAGUCCCACCAUGUAAUUAUCUGUAAAGCUUGCCGUCUCUCAUCCUCUGGUAAAAACAGGACAGUCAUCCCUGCCCCCGUUCACCAAAGAAGCGAUGGAGAAUUCAACGACAAAGACGGAGGGUGUACAUCAGAUUGUUCCUGAGAAUCCUGUCCACAAACUCUCCUUCAACCUCCACAAGACUGGAGGAUCCUCCGACUCAGACUCUGAGACUGGCCAGGAGACCUCUACCCAGCCCAACCCCACCCAACCAUCAGACUCCCCGCUUCCCACCACCACCCAGAGCCCAUCCCGAACUACUAAGACCCCUAGACGGCCUCGCUCCACUGCUCAGGGCCUGACCACCUCACCGUCGGCGAGUGCCGUCGUUCCCCAGGGUCCUUCCUUUGGGGUCAGGGAUGGAGACUUGGUCCCUGGGCUCCCUUCUCUACCUCCAGGUCCCAGCCCGCCUCUCCGGCCCCGGCUCCGAUCCAAUGGAGACUUGGUCCCUGGGCUCCCUUCUCUACCUCCAGGUCCCAGCCCGCCUCUCCGGCUCCGAUCCAAUGGAGACACUGCUUUAUCGCCAUCUAAAGAGCACAGCAGUCCAAACAACCGCUCUUUAGGCCAAUCCGCCGGCCCCGGCCCUGAACCCAGGCCUGCUGGAACUGUGGCUGGCGUUGCUGCUGCCAGGUCAAGAAGGGAGGAUGUAGGAUCAGACUCGGCUCACAGAACCAGAACAACCAGGACCCUGUCCCAUGUGCUGACAUGAUCACUGACUUAUCCUGGGACUUGCUGCUCAGUAAUCUGGUCCACCGUGACUUCUGUCAGCUCAACGUUAUUGCAACGUUGUUACAGCAUUAGAGUGUUACAGCGUUACAAUGUGACAAUGUUACAAUAUGACAAUGUUACAAUGUGACAACUUUAUUACAACAUUGUUACAACAUUAUUACAACCAUCUGAUGGAUUAUCCUGGACUGGACUCUCACCCGAUUGCUGCAAAAAUAAAUUAACAUAAAAUUUAAAAAAAUUAAUCCAUGGCAGUGGACUUAGACCACUAAUGGUUACCUCAUCGAACCAGCAGAGUGAUCUCUAUGCAUUUGCACUGCAUCACUCGGCCCAACUCUGCUUCAGUUAAUAAAUGGAAUUAAUAAACAAGAAAAUAAAAAUGGUGCUGGAACUAAAAUGACUACAAGACAUGUUAAACAAUGUGACGACUGCAUUGCUACCAUUUACUUCCUGAUCUGUGUACAGUUUGUUGCAAACGUAUUUUGAAAGUGCAUCAGAACUACUUAUUGAACUUUAAUAUUGUGAAGAUAUUGUGUGGCACGGCCAAUAAAAACCUUCACUUUGAGGGGCUGUCACAAGUUGAAGUGAUGAUGUCACAAUGUAUUGAUGAUGUCACAAUGUAUUGGAGAUGAUGUCACAAUGUAUUGGUGAUGAUGUCGCAGUGUCUUGGUGAUGAUGGCACUUUCUCCCCAUUGGUGCUCUUAUUGUUGACGUGCUUCCCAAACAACCAUUUACAAAAGAUUGACCUCAGAGGUCAUCUAAAGGUCAACAGGUCAAGUCUGUUUGUAAAGCCAACCCCACUGUAGCAUGCACAUUACCUUUGUGGAAAAACUCACACAUAUGCUUUAAAAGAUAAAAAGAAAACCAUUCUUGAUAUUUUUUUUGUAAGUGAUAUAUUUUUCAAGUAAUAUUGUAUAUAGUGUACAUUUCAGCAGCAUAUUAUUAUCUAAGAAACUAACAGCCAGCCAACAGAAUGUAAAGUAUAAUGAUGUCAGUCGAGAAGUAGAGGGAAUGCUGUAAGUCUGCAGAGUGGUUGGUCUUGAUGUCACGCUGUUUCAAGUUGUGCAUUACCUCAUUUCUGUCUUGCAGGUCAUAACAUCAUUAUGUAUAUUGUAUAGUUCUUGUAUAUACAUGAAUGAAAAGCUUUAAAUGUUAAUAUUUAUUAAAUUUUUAAAUGGUAGGGAGAAAAAAAACUUUUGAAAGAAAAAUGUAAAUGUUUUUUUGCAUCAUCUUGGACCGAGUCGAGAGCUAAUUAGCUGGUGGAAAAACUCAGUCAGAUUAGGACAAUACCCCGUGGUUCAAAUACUUUUUCCUAUGCUUUUUUUAUGCAGCAGGAUUCAGUUCAUCCCAGACCACAUCUUAAAAGGACAAUCUGCAGUUGAUACAUUGAUCUUUAGACUUCUAAAUAUUGAUGAUGUAUACCCAUUGAUUCUUGAAGAAUAUAACUUAUAGAUGCCUCAUUAGAAUAGUUAAACUGUCGUACCCAAUCAGAACUCUAAAAUACGCUGACUGUACAAACAUUAAGACUUAGUUGUGUCAACUGUAAAUGUUGGUGUUCCUCAAGGUUCUGUUUUAGGACCACUAUUGUUUUCACUAUAUACUUUACCUCUUGGGGAUGUCAUUCGAAAACAUAAUGUUAAUAAUGUUACAACCUGACAGACCAGCUGGGAUUUACAACCCGACAGACCAGCUAGGAUUUACAACCCGACAGACCAGCUGGGAUUUACAACCCGACAGACCAGCUGGGAUUUACAACCCGACAGGCCAGCUGGGAUUUACAACCCGACAGACCAGCUGGGAUUAACAACCCGACAGACCAGCUGGGAUUAACAACCCGACAGACCAGCUGGGAUUAACAACCCGACAGACCAGCUGGGAUUAACAACCCGACAGACCAGCUGGGAUUAACAACCCGACAGACCAGCUGGGAUUAACAACCCGACAGACCAGCUGGGAUUAACAACCCGACAGGCCAGCUGGGAUUAACAACCCGACAGACCAGCUGGGAUUAACAACCCGACAGACCAGCUGGGAUUAACAACCCGACAGACCAGCUGGGAUUAACAACCCGACAGGCCAGCUGGGAUUUACAACCCGACAGACCAGCUGGGAUUAACAACCUGACAGCAAUAUUUUUCUAUCUGUGAAUUAUAUUAGACAUGCAUUAAUAUGCACCCAUCUAUUAUACCAACAAUGCCUUAGUGUACGUCAUGUAACGCCGAGUCAAAUAUAACCUAUUUUUAAGACCUCUCAUAAAGUUGGUUUUGUGGCAUAAA